UCGGGGUAAAGCGUACGAUCAUCACAAACAGAUGCUGGCUGUUACCUCGUUUUCUUUCUCCUCCCCCACGCAGGGACAGUCCAGCCUCUUUCGAAGCUGCGGCGGGACAGGUGGGGCGUCACCAGUGAAGUUGGUGGUGCCGUGUGUGCCGGGUCGCACGGGCCUUAUCUGAGUCCCCACACUCUCCAGCCCUGGGCUGGCUGAUAUCCCUAAUCUGCCUGGAGACAGCUGGCCAUAGUGCAGGGAGGCGGGGUGGCAUCUCCACUCUGUGACUCGGUCUCCCUCCUGCCCCCAAAAGAAUGACUGUUUCAGCAGUGGGCGGUGGAGCUACCACCACUCCCCUCCACUGUGUCUCUGGACAGACAGAAGGGAACGGCGAGCCCAGGUCACGGCCACCCGUCCGGACGUCAGGAGGCCAUCUCUGGGAUGCUGUGAGACCUGCUCCUUCCCUGUCCCAUUCUCCCUGUCUGCGGUUGGCAGGACAGCAGGACCCUGGCCGCUGCCAGAUGUGAGAGUGGCAGCCUGUCUGCGUGUGCGUGUGCCGGUGCGUCUUUAACACGCGCCUGCGCCUGGCCCUGAGCGCAUGUGAGGGUGUGGCACGUGUCUGCUCCACUUUCCCAGCCCUUCCUCUUCCUCCAGGCUGCGGGGGCGACCUUGAGGGGGCCGUAGCAGCAGCACCAUGGCCUCAGCCGCUGCUGUGACCAGCCUGGCAGACGAGGUCCAAUGUCCCAUCUGCCAAGGGACCCUGAGGACGCCGGUCACCAUCGACUGUGGCCACAACUUCUGCCGCAGCUGCCUCACGCGCUACUGCGAGACCCGGGGCCCCGACCUGGGGCAGCCCCCGACCUGCCCUGUCUGCAAGGACCCCUUCCGCCCCGGCAGCCUGCGGCCCAACUGGCAGCUGGCCGGAGUGGUGCACAGCGUCGAGCGCCUGCAGCUGGCGUCCGCGCCGGGCUUGGGAGGGGAGGUCGUCUGCCAGGAGCACGGAGAGAGGGUCUACUUCUUCUGCGAGGAUGACGAGGCGCAGCUGUGCGUGCUGUGCCGGGAGGCUGGGGCCCACGGGGCGCACACCCUGCGUUUCCUGGAGGCGGCGGCGGCUCCCUACAGGGAGCAAAUAGAAAGAUGUCUCAAGUGUCUAAGAAAAGAGAGAGAGGAACUCCAAGAAAUCCAGUCAAGGGAAAAGAAACGAAUACAAGUCCUGCUGACCCAGGUGUCCACCAAGAGACAGCAGGUGACCUCCGAGUUUGCCCGUCUGGCCCGGUGCCUGGAGGAGCAGCAGAGCACCCUCUUGGGGCAACUGGAGAGCCUGGAAGAGGACAUCCUGACGCAGCGGGAGGAGCUGGAGGCCCUGCUGGCUGGGGAGAUCCGCCGCUUCAAUGCUCUGGUCGAAGAGCUGGAGGAGAAGAAGGAGAGGCCCCCAGAGAGGCUGCUGACGGAUGUCAGAAGCACCCUGAUAAGGUGUGAGACCAGAAAGUGCCGGAAGCCAGCGGCUGUGUCCCCGGAGCUGGGCCAGAGGAUUCGGGACCUCCCGAGGCAGGCCCUGCCGCUGCAGAGGGGCGUGAAGCUGUUUCUGGAAAAACUCUGCUUUGCGCUGGACUAUGAGCCAGCUCACGUCUCUCUAGACCCCCGGACUUCCCACCCCAAGCUCCUCUUGUCUGAGGACCACCAGCGUGCCCAGUUCUCCUACAAGUGGCAGAACUCGCCAGACAGCUCCCAGCGUUUUGACCGGGCCACCUGUGUCCUGGCCCACGAUGGCUUCUUGGGGGGCAGGCACACGUGGGUGGUGAGUGUAGACCUGGCCCCCGGGGGCAGCUGCACCCUGGGAGUGGUGAGCGAGGACGUGCCGCGCAAGGGCGAGCUGCGUCUGCGGCCAGAGGAGGGCGUGUGGGCGGUGAGGCUGGCCUGGGGCUUCGUCUCGGCUCUGGGCGCCUUCCCUGUCCGGCUGGCGCUGGAGGAGCCUCCCCAGCAGGUGCGGGUGUCUCUGGACUACGAGGUGGGCUGGGUGAGCUUCACCAAUGCUGUCACCCACGAGCCCAUCCACACCUUCACUGCCUCCUUCACACACAAGGUCUUUCCCUUCUUUGGGCUCUGGGGCCGGAGGUCCAGCUUCCGCCUCGGCUCCUGAGAGGGCGCAGUCCCUCCUCUGCGUGCAGGAGAAAGUCAGGUACCACGUGGACUUGAUCCCUGGCUGGGUCACCUGGAAAAGCUGGAAUGGAAAUGACGGCUUUAGACGAUGGGAUGGAGCCAGUUGCUAGGGGUCAAGGGGGUGACCCUCGGUCUGCUGAUCAAGCCCUUCCCCGUGCCCAGUGGGUGGCCAGGGGCCUGGGACUCGGCGCCCUCACCAGUGUCCCCAUCAGGCACACGAGUAGCUGUGCACAGGAGAGAGCACCGGGUUUGGAGCUAGAAGACCUGGGUUCUGGAAUCAGCCUUGUGACUAACCAACUGUAUGAUUCAUGUCUCCUCUUCUUGUUUUCUUCCAAAAAUAUUGGGUUCAUUUACUCACACCCCCAAGACAGUUAUUGUGUGCUGCUGGGAGCCAAGCAGCCCAGUAGCCGCUGGCCGUGAGAGAAUAAGAAGAAAAAGCUAGUUCUACAUUUGAGGGCACUCCAGGGACCAGAGGACGCCACAGCACAGUGUGGUGGCUGCCGGGACAGGGUCUGGCCGCGGCACUGUGGGGCUCAGAGGAGGGGCGCAGUGCAGCCUGGAGCGAGGGGUGUGCCAGUGACAGCUUUCUGGAGGGGACGGGUCUAAAGGACACAUAUGGUCACUGAGGGAAGGAGGGAGAGAGCAUCUUAGGAAGAGGGGACAGCAGAGAACUGGCUGGGUGACCUGUGACUGUGGGACACUGGGCCAUCUUAUUGUUCUUAUGAGCAGGUGCGUGCCAUCCCCACCUGGCCCUGCUCGCUGCCUCCCUCCCCCUGCUGGUGCCGCUUCUGGCUGAGACGAAGGUGCCUGGGAGUAGGGGACGGGGCGGCAUGGCCAUAAACCACAACCAAGGACCAUACUCCCCUUGCAGAAAGGUGUCUUCCUGAUCACUUGAUUGCCAUUUGCACCCUCUGCUGCAUUAAAAGUCCCGGGAGGAGGCCUGUGACCUUUAGCUUAAAGAGCUGAGAUUGCUCUAGGCCUGGACAAAAACAUGAC